UGUGUUUAGGCGAGACGAGUGAAGCUCGUGGAAAAAAGGCUGAGAGGCGCGACUGUUCGAUGUAGCGGACUAUCGCUCAAACACCGGGAGCCUGUUGUGUGAAGUUUUCAGGCGACCAAGAGUGUGUGGCUUUAGGCAUUUCAAUCUUUGAUAAGACGACAACAAAUUAUAGUUAACAAACAAUGCGUGUUUAUAUAUUCCUUUACUAAUAACAUGAAAAGAAGCCGACGAAUAUAUUGCUAGGCAAAUGUAAACAAAUUCAUGGACAUGCAUUAUCCCUGCUGUUUGCUGUUGUCGAAUUGACUUGUGUAUUCGUGGGAUAUUCAACAGUUAGCUUUACAUUUUUUGCCUCUUAUAUUACUAACACGUUAAUAUGGCAGAACACGAAAGUUUGGAGUUCGGAAAGGCGGACUUCGUUCUUCUGGACAAUGUCUCUUUGGACGAGUUUAUGGCAAACCUCAAACUCAGGUUUGAAAAGGGUCGUAUCUACAGCUACAUCGGAGAAGUUGUGGUUUCAGUUAACCCUUACCGUGCCAUGAACAUUUACGGACGGGACACCAUCGAGCAGUACAAAGGCAGAGAGCUGUAUGAGCGACCGCCACAUCUAUUCGCCAUUGCCGAUGCUGCCUACAAAGCCAUGAAGAGGAGGAACAAAGACACUUGCAUUGUUAUUUCAGGGGAGAGCGGAGCUGGAAAAACGGAGGCUAGUAAAUAUAUUAUGCAAUAUAUUGCUGCUAUCACCAAUCCCAGCCAAAGAGCAGAGGUGGAGAGGGUAAAAAACAUGCUGCUGAAAUCCAACUGCGUCCUGGAGGCUUUUGGGAAUGCCAAGACCAACCGCAAUGAUAACUCCAGUCGGUUCGGCAAGUACAUGGACAUCAACUUUGAUUUUAAGGGAGACCCUAUUGGUGGCCAUAUCAACAACUACCUGCUUGAGAAGUCCCGAGUCAUUUUUCAGCAGGAAGGAGAAAGGAGUUUCCACUCUUUCUACCAGCUGGUGAAAGGAGCUCCAGAUGCUCAGCUGCGUUCCCUGCACAUUCAGAGAGACCCCACAGCAUACACCUACAUCAAAGUUGGAGGCCACAUAAAGUCCUCUAUAAAUGACAGUGCUGAUUUUAAAGCUGUCACUGAUGCCAUGAAGGUCAUUGGAUUCACUACAGAGGAGAUUCAGACAGUCUACAAGAUCCUGGCUACCAUCUUGCAUCUGGGGAAUCUGAAGUUUGGAAGUGAUGGAGACGUGACUCUAAUUGAGAACUCUAAGUUAGUGUCAGUUCUGGGGGAUUUGCUGUCCACCAAAGAUGAGAAUGUAGAAAAGGCUCUCCUCUAUCGCACAGUGGCCACCGGCCGUGAUGUCAUUGACAAACAGCACACUCAUCAAGAGGCCAGUUAUGGCCGUGAUGCUUUGGCCAAGGCUAUUUAUGAGCGGCUUUUCUGUUGGAUUGUGGGAAGAAUCAAUGAUAUCAUUGAGGUUAAAAACUAUGACGCCAGGGUUCAUGGGAAGAACACAGUCAUUGGAGUCCUGGACAUCUAUGGCUUUGAGAUCUUUCAGAAUAACAGCUUUGAGCAAUUCUGUAUAAACUACUGUAAUGAGAAACUACAGCAGCUCUUCAUUCAGUUGGUGUUGAAACAAGAGCAGGAAGAGUAUCAGAGAGAGGGCAUCCCCUGGAAACAUAUUGACUACUUCAACAAUCAGAUCAUUGUGGAUCUGGUGGAACAGCAGCAUAAGGGCAUUUUUGCAGUCCUUGAUGAGGCAUGCAUGAAUGUGGGGAAGGUGACAGAUGAGAUGUUCCUGCAGGCUCUCAAUGGAAAACUGGCAAAACAUGCCCACUACACCAGCCGCAAGCUUUCUCCCACGGACAAAAACCUGGAGUUUGACCGAGACUUCCGCAUCCGCCAUUAUGCUGGAGAUGUGGUUUAUUCUGUUGUAGGCUUUAUUGACAAGAACAAGGAUACCUUGUUUCAGGACUUCAAGAGGUUACUUUACAACAGCUCAAACCCCGUGCUGAAGGCCAUGUGGCCAGAGGGCAAGCUGAGCAUCACUGAGGUCACCAAACGACCCCUGACUGCUGCCACUCUCUUUAAAAACUCCAUGAUAUCUCUGGUGGAGAACUUGGCCAGCAAGGAGCCGUACUACGUGCGUUGCAUGAAGCCGAAUGAUGUUAAGUCACCGCUGCUGUUUGAACACGAGCGCUGCAAGCACCAAGUGGAGUACCUAGGCCUCCUGGAGAAUGUCAGGGUGCGACGAGCUGGUUUUGCUAACCGACAAACCUACCCACGGUUUCUUCAAAGGUAUAAGAUGAUCUCCGAGUUCACCUGGCCCAACCACGACCUGCCAUCUGAUAAGGAGGCAGUCAAACGUCUAUUGCAGGGUUGUGGGUUCGAACACGACGUGGCCUACGGCAAGACAAAAGUGUUCAUUCGCACUCCUCGAACAAUCUUCAGCCUGGAGGAGCAGAGAGCAGAGAUGGUGAAGAGGAUUGUCCUCUUUCUGCAGAAGGUGUGGCGAGGGACACUGGCCAGAAUGCGUUACCGCCGCAUGCGUGCCGCCCUCAUCAUCAUCCGAGCAUACAGAAGAUACAAGGUUAAGUCAUACAUCCGUGAGGUCAAUCGACGCUUUAAAAACGUGCGUGGCAUGAAGGAUCAUGGCAAACAUGUGAAGUGGCCCACACCACCCAAGGUCCUGCGCAAGUUUGAGGAGGCACUGAGGAACAUCUAUAACAGAUGGUGGGCCUGGACGCUCAUUAAAGACCUGUCUCCAGAGGAGAUGGUGCAGAUCAGGGCUAAAGUGGCCACAUUAGAGUGUCUGAAGGGGCAGAGAGCAGAUCUUGGCCUGCAGAGAGCCUGGGAGGGCAACUACCUGAAAAAGGACAGUCCUGGGACAGCUUCUUCCUUUACUCUUGUUUCCAGUGAUCUGCAGAGGAAAGAUAAGUUCAUGAGAGUCCUCUUCUCCUGCAAUGUCCGCAAAAUCAAUCGGUUCAAUAAAGCAGAGGAUCGAGCAUUGCUCAUCACUGAUCGCCACCUUUACAAAAUGGACCCCGUCAAGCUGUACAAGCCCAUGAAGAGCAUCCCACUCUAUAAUGUGACCGGAGUGAGCAUUUCCCCUGGGAAAGACCAGCUGGUCGUUUUUCACACCAAAGACAACCGGGACCUAAUCGUGUGCCUGCAGGGCAUGGUGCCAGCGGGGGACAGCCGCAUCGGAGAGCUAGUUGGGACCCUGCUCAGCCACUUCAGAAGUGAGAAGAGGAAGCUACAGGUAAACAUUGUCAGCCCCAUUCAUUGCAGUAUGAAUGGAAGGAAGUGCACUGUCAUCGUGGAAACCAAGAUCAACCAAUCACAGCCAGACUUCACCAAGAGCCGAUCGGGAUACAUUCUCUCAGUGCCAGGCAGCUAGAUGACCAGAGAUCCCAAAACAGCCCCUUUAAAAGGACAUUGACAGCAGGGUAUCUAUUUUGUGCUAGUCCAAACCUUUUAGUUGAACGACCUUAGAUAUGAAGCCAUACAAAAUUUGCCUGAAGACAGGCAAGGAAAAAUGUUUAAUAAAAUAAAAAAAAAAUAAAAAAAAAGUUUGUCCCUAAAUUCCAAACUUCAGUUUAGAUUAUGACAAGGAGGUAGCGAUAAAGACCCUCAGAAAAGAUUUACCAAACUCAUCGCUGUUUAUUUAUUAAACUUUACAACCAAAUGAAGAGCAAUCAUAAACGUAAUAUUUAUGAGGAACAGGAUAUGCAGGAUUUUAAAAGUAUCUAACUUGUGUUUUGAGGUUUUUCCUUCAAAGGGAAUUUGUUGGUUUUUGAUCACUGCUUCAUGUUGGAUGAAGAAUAGCUCUGCUUGUGUCCCGAUGUAUUGCACAGAUCAUAAGCAGUCCUGCGGUUGCUGCUGAAUUUGAUCAGAUGUUCUUGAGCGGGAUGUGUUGAUCAUAUCCUUAAACUCAUUAACUGCUCAGAGAGGAGCGUUAAACUCUCUCGUAAUUUAAUUCUUUUUUUCUGCAUAUAGCUGGUCAUUUAUAGCACAUUGUAUACAGAAACUGUCAUAUUGGAUAUAGCUUAUAUAAUGUACUGUAUAUGCACAAUAUAUAAUGUAGUUAGGAUGAGAGCUGUCAUUUAUUCACAUAUUUCCUGAUUUUGGAGUAGA